AUGGCCGGGGCGCGCAGGCUGGCGCUGCCCGAGGCCCUGGCCCUGGGCCCCGGCUGGCGGCACGCGUGCCACGCGCUGCUCUACGCCCCCGACCCGGGCAAGCUCUUCGGCCGCUUCCCGCUGCGCUACGCCGUGCUGAUGCAGAUGCGCUUCGACGGGCGCCUGGGCUUCCCCGGCGGCUUCGUGGACCUGCAGCGAGGCAGCCUGGAGGACGGGCUGAACCGCGAGCUGCGCGAGGAGCUGGGCGAGGGCGCGGCCGGCCUGCGCCUGGAGCGCGCCGACUACCGCAGCUCGCACGCCGGGCCCGCGCCGCGCGUCGUGGCCCACUUCUACGCCCGGCGCCUGACGCUGGAGCAGCUGGCCGCCGUGGAGAGGGGCGCGCCGCGCGCCCCGGACCACGGGCUGGAGGUGAUGGGCCUGGUGCGGGUGCCCCUGUAUACCCUGAAGGACGGUGUGGGAGGCCUGCCCGCCUUCUUGGAGAAUUCCUUUAUUGGAACUGCACGGGAGCAGCUGCUGGAGGCCCUCCAGGACUUGGGCCUGGUGGAAUCUGACAGCCUUAAGCUCUCUGCUCCUCACUAGAGGCAGCCCUCCAGGGGCCCUUUCCUUCGUCUUGCUGGAUCUCAGUCCCCCUUCUCUGGGGAAUGUCCAGGGCAAGCCCUGUAUCUAUUGUUACUUAGCACAAUGACUGUUCCAUAGUAUGUGCUCAAUAAAUGUUUGUUUGAAUUACAUUCAUCUGUAAAAUGAAUGAGCGGAUUGGAUAAAUUAUCUCAAAGAGCCCCUCUUUGGCUUCCUAGUAAUGUAAGGGAACACUCUCCCUCACUCUGUCCAUCAAACAGGUUUUAAUUCUUAAUCCCUAUGAUACAGUUUAACCACGCAUGCUGACAAAGCUGUUUGGAGGCAUCCCGGCGAGUUCUUACCAUGGUGACAUCAUGCUUCCUGCUCAUCAGGUGGCGGGCCCAGCAUAGACGAACUCACCUGAUAGAUAUAUUGAGGCUUGGAGCUCAAGACCAGCCUUACUGACUACUAUAUGAUAAGGUUUUGGUGGCCCCUAGAGACACUUCCCAGGUCCUCAUCUAUCUGUUUCUGUAGUUGACGCUUUAUGUCCCUUAAAAAACAGAAUAUCCAUGAUUUUUGAAGAGUGCCCACAUCAGACUAAGUAUGUAUUGACUGUGUGGAACUUUUAAAGAUAACAUCGUUGAGUUGAGGUCCUAUUGCUUGAAUUUCAUAAUAUCAUUUUAAGGGGAUUAAAUUCCCAAAUCAUUGCUUCAGGUCUGCCAGUGUGACAGCUUGUUACAGUUUGUCCUAUGCUAGUAGUGUGGGCAGGUCACGGUUGCAAGUUUAUGUAUUAUAGCUAAUUGUCAUUACACUAUGGUCUAAAUUAUUUUUAGCAAGUGUUCUUCUCUUACAUCCUAAUGUAAGAUGGAUGAAUUGGAUGAAUGAUAGAAUUUUCAAUUAUCAUUUAAUACAGCUAAAAACCUUCCUGUUAAACCUGAAAUCUGCCAUCUUGGCAUUCCCAGCUAGAACUUUCUGGGCUUUCUAAGAAUAGGUCUUCUAAAACUAUGAGAAUCAUUUAACUGUCCCUGUCUUCAUAUUUAUUUGGAUUGAGAUUUGAGGACCUCAGUGUUUCUGAUUGAAUUUCUUACUAAAAAAAAGGGAAGCUGUGGCAUGGUUUUAUUUCAGGACAUUUUUAAGUAAAUACUACUUACUAGUUAUGUAAAACCAAACAAGAUGGACAGGUAGAAAAGGGCAAGUGAUGCAAAACCAGAAUUAGAUCUGACACCCACCUGGUCGGGUUUAAACCUAUUCCAAAUGUCCUUAAACCUGUUGCUAUUUCUUGCUGACAAAUGAGAAAGUUUUGAGGUUGACCACAUAGAAGCUGCUGCUGUACCCAGAGUCCCUGCUGACACAGUCAUUGGCUAGUGAAUGUUGAGGUGAUUACCUGUCUGAUGGCCUCAUGGAUGUUGGCCCGACCAGGUGGGUGUCAGAUCUAAUUCUGGUUUUGCAUCACUUUCUGAGCUUUGCAACUUAACUGUCAUUCAUAGAGACUGGCAGAAUGUGCAGUUCUUGUGUCCAAAGUUGCAAAUUCAGGAUUCUGGUUCUAUUUCAGAUGUGACACAGAAUCAUUUUGCUUGAGUAAGAUUGUCUACCUUAAUUAUGUGAGCCGUUACAGGGAACUGUGGCCUGAAUCCCAUGUUAAGAAAUGUGGGAAGUCAAAUAUAAUUUUGGAAAUGUAAAUACAUUUCUGUUUACUGAUGGACAUGUAUUAUUUAUGAAGUUUUGGCUCGAAAAUGCCAGAAGAUCCAAUUUAAACUUUCUUAGCUCAUCUACCUGGAAAUCUCAGAAAUAGGUGGAUUUCAGGAAUAUGUCAUCCAAAGGUUUAGUUUUAUUCUCUCACUCCAUCUCACAGCUGGUUACCCUUAUUUGUGUCUAAGGGAAGAGUCCUUAGCUUUGCUAUGAUCGACUCAGCUCUGCCCAGUCCAUUUGGUCAGAAGACCACCAGCUAGCUGAUUGAGACCCAGGAGACUUACACUGAGUCCACUGCCAAGGGGAAUAGCAUUAAGUGAAGAUCAAUUCUAUUGAAAUGUCAAGGCUGCUCACCAAUGAGGAAAGGAAGCAAACUACAAUGUCCACAGCCACAAAAUUGGGGCCACGGAAGG